UGGCUGUACCUCCCUGGCCAAAAUCGAUACAAUGGUAUAACUCCGAAGGAAGAAUCAGUGAUGAACAGCCAGUUGGAAGAUACAAGCAAAUGGCAGAUGGAAUUGGAGGGUACAUGUUAGAAGUAAAACCUACAGAAGCAUCAGAUCAAGGCGAAUGGAAGUGUGUUGCUACGAGCGAUGACGGUGUCGUUUCCAUUUCUACUUGUGAAGUCAAAAUGUUGAUUCCUAAACACUUCAAAAAGCCUCGAUUCAUGGAUACAUUGAAGGCAAUAUUAACCGACGAAGGACUGGUAUCCUUCGAAUGCAAAGUGGUUGGAUCUCCAACACCUCUAUUGAGGUGGUUUAAAGACGGACAAGAGUUGAAACCGGGUGACGUGUAUCAACUAACAGGAACAAAUUCUCUCGGAUCCUAUUGUUGCAUUGCCAAAAAUUGUAUGGGUGAAGCGAGAAGUUCUGCCGAACUUACUGUUGAAGACAUCCAAGGCCAACUGAACGAUGAAGAACGAGAACAGUUGGUGUCUAGGAGCCAAGCGCCAAAAUUCCUCCAUGGACUUAAGAGCAGUGAAGCUAGAAUCAAUGAGCCGUUUAGAUUUACAAUUCAAGUAAGUGUAACUACGCCACUCUCUCUGAUAUCCUGGUUCCGAGACGACCAACCAGUGACCAACGAACCAGAAAAGUAUACGAUUUACCGUGAAAAUUUGGGAGUAUGCCACUUGGACAUUAGACCAGUGGAACUGAAUGACCAAGCGGAAUGGAAAUGUGUUGCUACAAACGAUUUCGGACAUUCAGUCACGUCCUGUUUUCUGAAAUUGUUCAUUCCCAAACAUUUCCGGAAACCGAAAUUUCUGGAAUGUUUGCGAGCCGUACUUUCCGACGAAGGUGCAGUUAAUUUAGAAUGUAAAGUCAUCGGUGUGCCCCAGCCAGUAUUGAAAUGGUAUAAAGACGGUAUGGAAUUGAAACCUGGGGAUAUUCAUCGAAUCACGUCAGGAGAGGAUGGAACUUGUUGCCUGGGUACUUAUACUUGCGAGGCUCGUAAUUGUAUGGGCACGGUAGCUAGCUCUGCAUCUCUACUCGGCUUUGAGGAUCAAAAAUCACGAGGACAACAUUCAAGGCCAGAAAUGGUCCGACAACCCUCUUUGUCAACCAUUCACGAAGAGAGAACCUCUCAACUAUAUGACACAGCAGGUGACCAAUCCAUAACCAUUGCUGAUCACGGAGAACUCUCAUUCUCAUUUGAUGGAAAAGAAGUAUCUGUUUCUUUAUAUGAGACUCCAGAUUUAACCGAAGAAGAAGCAAUUCAAAUUGUGGAAAUGUACGCCGAACAACUUUCGGAGCAUUUUUCGGGCCAUAAUGUCGUCGAACUUCCCCCUUUGAGAUUUGUCAAAGAGUCUUCGACAUCUGGUAAUCUACUCAUGGAAGCUGUGGUUGUCGAUGUUUCAGACGAUUACUUCCAGUCGGCUGAAGAGGAUCUCAGAACAGAAGCUGACUUCGAUGAAAUUCUCUCCAUAACGAACGAAGUAUCAGUUACAUCAGAAAAAUUGAAAAUUGAACUGACCUCUAGUGGAGAGGGACCUAAAAGGCCUCCUCGAAAGUCAGACUCUCAAAAAAGUAACAAUUCGUACUACAGUUUAUCCAAAAAUCUGUCUCUAGACUCAGACAGAGGAGACGAGAGUUUGGCGGGGGCUGCCGAUCUAGACACAGAAUCCUACGAAGAUUAUGAGAGUGCGAUAAGUUCAGGAAGGAACCAGUUAGAACAGGAGCGGGCAUUUCAGGUGGCUGCUAUCACGGAAACUACUAGUUUGCCUGGUGAUGAUGACAGACGUCCUUUAACACCGCAUACCGCCCACGAAAUCGGUUCUGACCUAAGAGUGAACAGGAGCGAAAGUCAAGAACCUUCACCAAGAAAGAGGAAAUCUUCUCAAAGUUCUGACGAGAUGUCAAAAGAUGGAUUCAAACGCGGUACCAUCAAAAAAAGAGUCAGUUUAGAUACACCUGAUACAUUCCAAAGAGAUUUACAAGGGGAAGAAGGAGACGGAUUAGUUAUUGAUCCAAAAGUAUUAGUUGCAAAAGCACCACACGUACCAGUGAAAGUAUUAGAAACUGUAAAAAACUUGAAGAUGAACUUGGAAAAUAUUCUGGAUGAUUUGGUAUUAGUGGAGAAUCAAUUAAUAUCAGAAUCCACACAAAAGUCUACAACAGCUAUUGCGAAUACCAGCAUGGAGGUCAUUGAAAAUAUUCGACAACCUGUCAAGGAUAUCAAAACAGUUUUUGAAACAUUGGAACAAAAAGUCACAUCUCCUGACAUAUCAGUCGUAGAAUUGGUGGCACCUCCUAUAUUCGAACUGCAGAAAAAUUUGAUCAUUAUAGAAAACUGCAUAGCAGUAAGGGGAAGAGAGCACACAUUAAUACAAAAAACGUGUUCAAAUAUAUUGAAAAUGAGUGGUUUGAAUAUUCAAAAAAGUCUUUGUCUCAUUGAAAAAAUUGCUUUUUUGAAAGAGAAUGUGGGUCAUAUGGAAACUUGUGGAAGAAUGACGCCAUCAAAAUUGAAUCAAGAAAUGCGUAUCACUGUCAAAGAAAUUCAUUCGAAACUGGAUAAGUUACUGGCAAGUGAGGCAAGAAAAUUAUCGAAUCGGUCGUUGUCGCUCUCAUCCGACUGUUCAUCCAAGAAAAUAUCGUCAUUUGAAGAAUCUGACAUUUUAGAAAAGUUCAUUGACACUGCUAGAGAUAUACAAAUAGCUCUUUCCAGUCUUGAAGAAACGAUUGCGUAUGAAGAUAGUGAUCAGAUGUAUUCAAAUUUGGUACAAAAGGUAUUAGACAAACUUUUAGUCCCAGUGGAAUUUCUUGUUAAAGAAAUGAAAAUAGUUCAGAAAGAAGCUGUUAGGUAUUCUGGUGAAAAAUCUUUAACACAAGAAAUCAGACGAGCACUUCUUGAUAGAAUUAGAACUCCUGUUGAUGAAUUGUCGAAAGGAUUGAAUGUAAUUAAAGUUCAAGAUCCCAACGAUAAGCACGCAGGUGUGGUUACCCUGAAUGUUUUGGACUCUUUUGUCAAUCCUACUCAAACGAUACUAGCUUCAUUAAUCAAAAUCAAACAACACACUCCUAUCCUCAAAGACGAUAGAGAAUCUGUCGAAAAAACAGUCACAACAGAUGAAGUUUUCUCAGAAGUUUUAGAUAAGGUAACAGAGUUGGUAUUCAACAACGUAACCCAAGCAGUAGAAGAGUUAUCCCUCAAUAUUGAAACUACUCGAAAAGGUGUUACCGACGUAAUUCUGUUGGAAGCACUUGGUCAACUUUCUAUCCUCCAACAAGACCUUGCAACGACAGUUACAGAAGCCUCGCGUAUGAGAACUGAAGGAACAGUUACCGCACUAGAGUGCUUGAAUGAACCAAUUCAACUUUUAAAUAGCUUAGUAAUGAGUAUUACACCAUCUUCAGGAAAGUAUAUUUUGGAAGAUACUGUUAAUCUUUUGAAUAUUCUUGAGGAAUGUGUCAUAGUUGACGAUGAACAACUCAAGAGUAUGGAUUUGUGUAUCUUAUUUUCAGUGCUCAGAGGAAAGAUAUGUGAAGUCCGGGAAAACAUUUGUAGUCUAAUUGAACAUGGAGUAUCAUUUGAAUCAGUGACGAAUGAGGCCAUGGAAAGUGAUAAUGUUGUUGUGAUACUGGAAGAUUCCUCAAAUACCGUUGUUCCCGAUUCACUCCUAGAGGAUACUGAAUGUACUCUCAGGGUAUUGAGUGAACAGUGCACAGAAAACAUAUCAUCAGAAUUAGAUCCCUUCCUAUCAGGAAUACAAGAUCUUCGAGUUGCGAUUGAAGACGAAUUAGUAAGAAAAGCCAAAACAGACCUUUCUCUUAGCGACCGGGUGUCAUUGCAGAAGCACAUAGUUCCUUUAGAGAUGAUUGAAGAUCUUAUCAUCGCAGCUCUCGAUUUUCUCGGUGCACAACGAAACAUCGAACAUCUCAACGAGAUGUAUCAGACGUUACAGCACUUGCAGUAUAACGUAGCUGUGAUGCAUCAACAUAUAUUAGAUGAAACCCAACAUUUAGAAACCAUGAUACGGUACGGACAACAGAACAUCGAAGAGUUGAGAAAUAGUAUAACAUCUGUGCAGAAUUUGUCUGUUAUGGCAGAUUCUGCAGAAGCAGAAUCUAUCUCGAAUGAAACAUGUGAAAUAAUUACCGAAAAUCUCAACGUACUGGAAAAAAAUGUUGUCACAUUUUAUGAAUUAGCUUUAUCCGGGUCUCACGAAGAGAUAUCCCAUGAUUUAUUGAGAAUAACCACUCAAAUUUUGAAUUCCAUUGGUGAAAUUAAGAAGUCUUCACCAGUAGACUCUGAAAACUCUUUUAUAACCAGUGAAAAUGUAAAGGAAGUUCGAAACCUUAGCGAUCCUUUGAGUCAGCUUCAAGCAGUUCUCAUGGAUGUCCAGAAAGAUCAGGAAUAUCGAAAGAAUAUAUUUUUGAACGUUAAAAAUCCACUCAUUCAAAUUGCUGAAUUAUUAAAUGUUAUUCCAGAUGACCUCAAGAUAAAACUAUUUACUCUGCACAGUCCACUCAGGAACGCAAUAGAGAUAGUAUCACUGGAAAUGUUCAAUCAUGACAUCAAACAAAGUGACCUCAAAAAUUUAGAAAAUAUAGGAGUUUUACUCAACGAGCUGAGAUCAGCAAUACCAACAAUUAGUCACAUAUAUGAAUUUUCGAAUAUAGUAAACCAGCUCAUGCCUUCAACUGAAAAAUUAUUGGAAUACUUGAGAGAACUGAAAAAUGAAAGGCUCAAACACAUAACUUUGUCUCUUUUAGAAUUUGUAAGCACUAUAUUAGAACUUCAUAUCUACAUUGAUGAAAACCAGUCUGCCUUGAAAAUAUACGAAAGUAUCAACUUACCACGUUUAAGAGCUACUCUGGAAAAAUUAACACCAUUCUCAAAGAGACUGGUUUUGAAAAAGUUGAUUUGUGAACUUCAGGGGGCCAUUGAGGUUUCUGAAGUACUGUUUUCACGAUCAACGGAAGAAGAUGAGUACCUAAUUUCCCAAACCGAAAAGUUGUUGGGGAUAUUCAACAACAUAAUAGAGAAACUGCUUGAAGGAAAGAGUUUGACAGACAUAACAGUGGCAAUAAAAGAUUUUGAUAAUUCUUUAGGUUCUCUUGAGUCAACUUCAGAAAUAACUAUGCUGCUUCUAGAGACAUUGCAAGGUGCAAGUUCUAUAUUGUCUGAGAUAUCCGAAGAAAUUACGGAAAAAACUGUUUCAGUUGAAUUACUGAAUAAUUUAGAGGAAGGUAUCGUGCAACUGAUAGAAAUGAAAAUAACGGAUGAACAUAACCCCAUUAUUAUAGAAUUGCAACGAGUUUGCGAAAUUUUCAGACCGUCCUUUUCAAUACUUCUCCAGGAGAAUCCCCUGGACUUUCGUCAGUCUGAGAUCAUUCUAACAUUACUCAGUCAAAUUGUGGGAGUUAUUUCAAAAGCAGAAGGUGAAGAGAAGCAACUGGUAGAACUGCAGAGUACUGUUGAACAUUUGGGUAAUAUAAUUGAAGAUCUCCUUCCUUGCAUGCAAUCUAAUUUUUCAGAGCCCCUUCAGAAAGUUAAAAAAGCCAUCACAUAUUGCAUAGACGAAAAAUUCAAAAUAGAGAUCAUUCAAGAGGUCAAAGAACUCAGAUCGAUUUUGAAAGAUCUAAAACGAAUUACUCUCGAUUCGAAUCAAGAACAGCUCAUAGGAAACCUGUACACAAAUUUCAUAACAAUUGAAAAUCUCAUAACAGAAAUGAGUAUCAGCAAUGAAGCAGAAAUGGAAAAUAUUCAAGAAUUGUUAAAUUUGAUAGUGAAAUGUGUAUGUGGAUUGGAAGAAAAUAAAAAGCUUGUUCGUGAGAAGAUUGAUUGCUUAAGUGAUUCCUUGAAUUCAUCAGAUGUCAUUGAUAGAAACAUUUUGGGACUCCUGCACAAUUCUAUAGGAACCUUAAGAAAAUUGACAACUCUGAGGAAUAUUUAUGGUCUUCAACAGUCUCUAGCUGCAAUCGAUUAUGAUUCAAAUAUUGUUACGAAAUUACAAAGUGUGGCAACUGCUGUUGGACUUCUUAUUCUCGAAAUGGAUGAAAACUCCUACCAGAACUUCAAACCCCUGGAAGAUGCCUUGGGAGUCUUGAAUGUAGCAAUAAACAGAAUGAAUCCAGGAAUGGUUGGAAGUUCAAUGAAGGCAUUGAAAGUCACUUUGGAAAAUUUGUCAAAAUCUAUUCCAACCGUGGAUGUAUCUCAAGAUGCAAGAACGAUGGUACAAACUGCUAUAAAUUCUGCAAUGGAAAGUAUAGAACCAUUGAAAAAUCUGAAAAUAUUACAAACAAUUAUUGAAUCCCUAUCUGAAAACAGUGAACUGGAGUCGGUGAGAGAAGAGUUGAAUAAAUUCAUAACAAAUGUUUCUGAAAUACAUUACCACUUUGCAAACCCUUCAGAGAUGAAUCAUUUGGAUAAUAUCUUAGAGCUUUUAUGUGCCGUUACUUCCCUCCCUAUAAUGAACAAUGGAACAAACGAAACGGGUCCAUCAAUCGCCCUUGAUGAGUUAAUCAAUUCAGUAAACUCAUCAAUGAAUCUUCCAUUUAUGACGUCGCAAAUAAUUCAGCCAUUACAAAAAUCUAUAGAAUUUCUGAAGGAUCUAAUCUUAGGUAAGCCAGUUUGUUCCUCCGAAGAAAAUAAUAGAACACUUUCGAAGCAACUGGAAAGCUUAACUUCAUUGGUGAAUAUAAUCAGGCAAGAAGAAUCUUGCGAAAAUCAAAUCUUAGUCACAUCCAUAAAGGACGUAGUUAAUGCUAUAAAAUCCUCUGACUUUCACGAUGAUGCGGAAAUUGGUACAGUUGUAGUAUGCUUAGAAAACGUUAUUAGAUCCCUAAUCGAUAACACACAAAGAGAAAAGUCGCUAAUUAUAAAGAUGAAUAUUGAAGAACUGAGGGCAAAAGCUUUUGAAAACACUCCAGAACUGAACAAUCUCUUGGAAAAAGUGUACACGUCUACAACAAACCUUUUACAGCAGAUAGCAUUGAAUAAUUUUCAAAACUGUUUAGAUUCCCUAAAAAUUACUUGUGAAUCGUAUAAAGAUCGGAAUGAUGACAAAAUCAUAUUGAUGAAGGCUUUACCGCAGGAUAUACUGGCCCUACAAACAUGCAUUGAACGAAAUGAGGAAAAUGAUGUUGAGUAUUUACACUCCGUUGGAGAUAUAUUCUAUAGAGUGGAAGAUUUCAUAAAUCUGAAAAAUUGGAAAAAGUCAAUAUACGAUGCAAUGGAAAAAACUCUAAUUGAACCUGAUGCAAAAAUCGUAGAAGAGAUGACCGAUAUUUUCAAUGAAAUCAAUUCUUUUGUCAAUUCCAUGCUCACUGUUGAAGAAAACAUGCAAAUGUCUCAGAAGAAACCCACUUUCUUUGCAGAAAAACUGGCAGUGAUCACACAACGAUUUUCUGAGAGCAAAUCUUUAAAAGACGUAUCAAAUAAUCUAGCAGAUUUUUCAGUUUCUUUGCCAGAAGUGAUGGAAAAAUUACAGACUGAAUAUGAAAAAGAAUGGAAAAGAGAACAGCUCGAAACUAUUCCUGAUAAAACCGAGGAUGGCAAGAAAAUUACACCUUCAUUACCAGAAAACGUUGAAGAUAAAAACACAAAUAUUAUGGAAAAGAGCUCUUUGGCAAGAGACGAGUUGUCAGCGGAAGUGGACAAAAAAACAAAAUGUGAAUUUGAGAACCCAGUGGAGGAAAAGUCCCAUUCGAUAAAAAGUUCUGAAGUAGAAGAAAUGCCUGUUGUCGAAAAGCAGAACAAAGUUUCGGAAACAAGUAAAAUUGCAGUCGAUGGUGAAGAAGAUGGUGAGCAAAUGAUGAAUACAAAAGACGAUACGAAGACUGAAGAAGAUCAGAAUACAAUCAAGGAGAUAAUCGAAGUUAAAGAAGAAAUGGAAGAAGAAAAUCUUACGGUAUUUGAUGAAAAAAGUGGAGAACAACAUAGUUUCCAAAGAGACAGUAUUCGUUCUGAAAAUGAAGAAAAGUUUCAGGAAAGAGUGGAUCAAAUAGAUGAAACGAACAAAAAAUCCCAAUUGGAGAAUGAAACAAAGUCUCCUGAAGAGAUUGAAAGAGAAAAGGACGCAAUCAACAAAUUAGACGAAAAUGCAAUCGAAAAAGAAAUAAGAGAAGAUUUGAAGAAGGCAGUAGACACUUCCUUUGCCGAAAUCGAUGCACAUAUCAAAAAUGACGAAAAAAAUGAAGUCAAAAAUGAAAACCUAAAAAAAUAUGAGACUGAAAAAAACAAGGAGCCUUUCAAUAUCAGUGGAGAUGAUUUGAUUCCAGUUGAAGUAAAAAAUCAAUUUAUGGAAAAUACUGAUAGACAUGAAGUUGAGAAUAUAGAAAAAAAAUCAGAUGGUGGUAUUGAAAUUGCGAAUGACUCCAUGAUACGGUCAGUAACAAAAAUUGAUAUUCCAGAAACACCGAUUGUGGAAAAAAUCUCGCCAGAUUCCACGAUAGUAAAAUUUGAUGGAGAAGAUUAUGAUACUUCAGUGACAAAAAAUGGCGACCAAGUCAGGGAUUCAUGCAUCCGAGAGGUGGUAUCUAUUGCAGAUAGUAAUGUUAAAGAAAUCAGAAAUGAACUAAAAGAAAAUGAAACGAACGUUAGUUUGGUAGAUUCAGCAGUUGAUUUGAAAGAUAUCACAGUGGAAUUUACAGCGGAAGAUGGAGAUCAAUUAGAAAUACCUACGCAAUUUCCGGCUAACAGAACUGAAGUUGAAGAAGCAAAGAAGGAAAUAUCGUAUGUUGAGAGCGAUGGCGUAGAUGAGACCACUGAUAAGUUGAAUGAAAACAAAAAAGACCUUCAGAUAUCAAAACCCGUGGAAGAGAAACACUUGAUAUUUGAUAGUGUUGAUCUUCUGGAUGAAAUAACGAAUGUUGAAGAUGAUAAUACAAAAACAUUAUUAGAAGACUCCAAAGUUGAAUCAUCGGCAGACAAAACCACGUCGGAACACGUUAAAGAAAAUCUGAGUCAAACAGAUCAAACUAUAGAUUUGCAAAUCAAUGAACCAAUUAUUCCAAAACAAAUUGUGAGCAAAGGAGGAGAAAAUGUUGAACUAGCACUAGGUGGCGAAGCUAUCUCAGAGCAAAACAAAACAUUAAUUCCUGAAGAACAAACAAUGUCUCUUCAGGACAAGAAGGAAAUGAAAAACCACAUAGAAAUGACAGAACAUGACAUGGAAAAUGAAAUUAUUGAUGAGCAUAUUGAUACAGCUGAAAAAAGUGAAAUCGUUGUGGAUGUUGAAAAAACAAUAUUACAUAUCGAACCAGUUUCGGAGUCUUUGACUCGUCUACAUGAUUCUCUAAGUGAAAUGGAGUCUCGUACAUUGCCAAAGCCAAAAAAGCAGGCUCUUAAAGAUCUCGUGAAAUCAAUCGAAGGCAUUGAAAAAAAUAUACAAAAAUUGGAUAUGUCAAAUGUUACACAAGAGGAACUUUCAGCUCUCUCAGAAGUCAAUAAUACUUUGAAUAUUUUGAAUAAUUACAUUUUGUGUGCUCAACAACAAAGUGAAAUGGUUAUGCCAACUCAUAUGAGUGCUGAAAAUGUUAAAGCAGCAAUAGAGGUUUUGAGUAAUAUACUCCAAGCAACGAUAACAGUAUCAAUGAAUAUCAACGAUAACCUCCUCGAAGAAAUUAGAAAAAUAGUCGACAGUUUCACCAAAAGUCUGGAAAAGUUGCCUAAGAAUUCGCCUAUGCUUGCUCUAGGAGAACAAAUGAAAAUUAUAGGAGAAGAAAUCCUAAAUCUGUUAUCACCUCAGAAGUUAUCAUUCCAUGAACCACUAAUAAGUUUGCAAAAUUCUUUGCAAAAUAUACAAGAUUGUAUCAAUUCGUUUGAAUCAACUGGUGGAGAAAGUACUAGGAAAAUAACUACCUCUGAGCUGAGGAGGCCUCUAACAGCUUUACAAUUCAUUUCUGUUAUGAUUAUGGAGGACAAAAAAAUAAAAUUAUCUGCAGUUGAAGAUAAUCUAAUAGAGAUGAUCAACGAUUCUAUCAUAGAACUCAACUCUUUGGUCGAAAUUAUGAACUGUGUUACUACUUCUGGGCAAUCAGGCAAAUUCGAGGCUUUUUUGGAAAAACUUUCAGUACUACUUGACAGUAUAAAUCAAGAGUCUAUUUUGAAAGAUUUUUCAAAUCCUCUUCACGAAAUCGUAGGUAUUGUUCAAAAUAUGAAAUCUGAAAUUAUAACAACCAAACUGAUAGAAAUUACCCAAGUCUUAGAAGAAUGUGUGACAUCAUUAACGCAGUCUAGUGAUGGAACAAUAGUGGAGAAUCAAGAAAUCAUCGAUAAACUGAUAUACAAACCUUUAGAAGUUAUCAUAGAAUUAUUGAAAGCGCCAGAAACUCCAAUAACUGUUGACGAAUUGAGAGACGUAGACAAUAUUGCAUAUUCAUUAUCUCAACUGAUAAAAAAAUCCGAAGAUUUUUCUGAAAAUUUACAAGCAUUUAAAGAAAAAAUAUCUGAUUUCACAGCAAAAAAUGUAGCUACUCAAAUACCUUCAGUUAUGGAACAACUGGGACAUUUAUCAAAUAAUGUGGAUACACUAUAUUUGCUUCCUUUAGAAACAAAUUUCGGUUUCAAUCCGCUGCUACAAAGUUUCAACAAUAAUCUUUUAGAAUUGCUUCAGUUUGCGAUCAAGUUCAGAGAUGUUCCCUAUAAUGAUAUAAGUUUAAUUUCCCAUCUCAUUCAUCCAGUGGAAGAGUUGAAGAUUCAGGUAAAUAAGUGUAAGAAUCUUGAGAUACCUGAAAUCGAAAAAAAUCUUCUUCACCAAAUCUCAAGCUCAUUCUCACAAGUUUGUAGGAUUUCUAGUGGGGUAGAAGCAAAUCAGAAUUUUUUAAAUGAAUUAGAUGCCUUGCAAAAUAAACUGGUCAGUGCUUGUAUGAGAGCCGUUCUAAUAAAAAAUCCCGAUCAGAAAGACUCGAUCUUGCAAACCCUUAUAUAUCCCUUGGAAAGCGUUUGCAAGGCUAUCAUAAAAAUUCAAAAUGAAAUAUCAACCAAGAAAUCCUUCACAUAUUUGAGAAAAGGUAUUUCCAACGAUUGUGGGUAUUUGAUUCAAUGUUUAGAUGAGAUUAAUGGAGAAGAUGUUAGAAAACAUUUAAUUGAACCUUUGCAAUCAAUUAUUGAUGUGAUGAAUGAAGAAUCUAUCAUAACUUUGUCGUCCUUAUCACAGAAAAUGCAAACUCCUGUGGAUAAUUUGAACAAGUCUUUAAUAUUGAUGGCGGAAGAUGAGAAACAAAAACAUUCUCUUGAAGACAUAAGAAAAUCAUGCGAAAAAUUACUACAUACUCCGGAAGAUCAAUUGAACCUCUAUAUUCUUCGAGAAUUCAGUUCGCACUUACAAAAAAUGAUGGCUUCAUUCAAAGAAAAGUCAGAACUGUCAGAUACUAGUGAUAUACGACUUUCAGAACAACCCACAACGCAAAUUAAAUCAGAAAUAAUUACUCUACAGAAUAUGAUUUUGGAAACUAAUGCAACUCCCAGUGAAGCUUUGAUUUUCGCUCUAGAAUUGUAUGAAUUAAUCGAUUGUAUUCAGGAAGUUAUGACCUUUGAAGUUCCGCAACUAUUGACUCCGAAAUCUAGAGAGUGCUCAGGAUACAUGCAGAGGUGUUUCAAGAAUUUGAGUAUAGUAAUUGUUCACUUGACAACAACACUGCAGAAGCCAGUUUUGGAAGAGAUACAGCAGAAGGCGUUGAAAGAAGCCAAAGAAUAUGUAAAACAAGCAAUUGAAGUUAUAGAAUUACCACGCUCCUCAAAAGUUAGUGAAGCAAUUGUAAAACCACUGGAGCAACUGUCUAAUGUGAUAUCUAACAUGCAAUAUCACUUAUUAGAUUCAAAAAAUAUUUCGACAAUAUUUUCGGAAAAUUUUCAGGUAAUUGGAGAUCUAGAAAAAGAAAUAAAUCUAGAAAUCAGUGGAGACAAUAAUGAUGAUCAUGUUGAAAUUGUUCAUUCAUUAAGGGAACCUAUUCACUUCCUCCUUGACAGCGUGAACCAGAUGAUGAAGCUUCGAAUCAAUAAUGAAGAUAUACCUGCUGAGUAUCUUGAGGAGUUGAGACAACAGAACGAACUGUUCAGUAAUUUGACUCAAAUUUUGUCGAAUAUCAGAUGUGUGUCGGAUGAAAAUGUACAGAAGAUGAAAAUUAAUUUAAAAGAUGUGUUAAUAUCUAUACAUGACAAUUCAAAAUCAAUAGUAGAUACGUCCAAAAAUAAUAUUUUACUACAAUGCUUGUGUGAACCAUAUAAACUUUUGGUUUCAUCAAUAACAUCACUUAUCGAACCAUUAUUGAACCUAGAAGAAAAGUCACACGUAGAUAAUAAAAGUAUAUUGGAAGUUUCAAACAUGAAGUCAAAUAUUGCAUUUCUAAAAACGAUUUUGAGAACCCUCCAAAAUUUAGAGAUGAAUCUGAAAUCACUUGAAGCAGAGGAAAAGUCGCCAUCAUCCCUCCCUCAACAUAAAAUACUCUUCGAGUCCUUGGAUACAAUUUCAACACUGACAAAUUUGCUCGAAGAUAUAAAAAAUUCUCCAGACGAAAAUGUCCACAAAGUAUCUGAAUCACUGGAAGCUUUAACUCUUCUGAAUGCACCUUUGGAACAUAUUUCCAGAGAAAUUAUUGAAUACAUGACAACGAAAAAAAAUAAAGAUGAAAAACCACAACGCAUGGAAAUAAUAGACAGUAUGAUGAAGGAACUACAACGAAAAAUUGAGGAUGUUGUCAAAAAGUUGUCAGAAAGAGGUGAGUUUGAGGUAAUUCGUGGUGUUUUGAUAUCACUUUCAAAUAAACUGGAAAACAUAGAAAAUAUUCCGUCUAGCAACUGUGACACAAUAACAAAACCAUGUCUGGAACCAACGUCGGUGGAGCAUGCAUUGAUGAAGAAUUUUGCUGAACCAGUUAUAGUGUUGUGCGAGGAAAUAAAAGCAUUGGAGUUCGAAAUGAAAGACCUACAUAUUGAACGAAAACAGGGAAUCAGCUCACUUGUGGAAAUAUCUAAUGAGUUGAGUGAAGUAUCGAUUGCAAUUCAAGAUAUGGAAUAUGGAAUUACAGAAACUUUAGAAACACAACUAGAAAAUUUAACAACACUCAAGGAGUCUUUACAGAAAUUAUCUGCAAUCGUAGUUGAUGAACGUAAAUCCCUAAAAUCACCGGAAGUAUCCCAAAUGAGGUCAUCGCCAAAUCGUAAUGCAAUAUCGUCAUUGAGAGUUGAGAUCACUAGACUUUUAGAAGAAAUACCGGAAACGAAAACAUUGAAGAUUUUGAAGGUUCCACUCAAAGCACUAGUUGGCAAACUGGUGACCAUUCAAAGUGCCAUGGAUGCUGUAAGUGACAAGGAAGCACAAAUAAAAGAAGUUUUUGAUGGAAAUAUUGUUCAACCAGUUCAUGUUUCCAGUGAGAAUAUCGAAGCUCUGGGAAGUGAGAUGGACCCUCUUGUAAGUCAGCAGGAUGUUUGCUCAUCAGUAAAAAUAUCCAACCAGUUGGAUGAAGUAGUAGCUCCCAUACAAAAUAUAAAAUCUACUUCUCCAGACUUCUUCCAGACUACUGGAAAAAUUCCAGAGACACAACUGGAAAACUUAACGCCACUCAACGACACUAUGGAAAAAUCAUCUGCAGUUGCAGAUGAUGAAACCAAAUCUGUCAAUGAAUCAGAAGUGUUCCCACUGAAUUUGUCUUCUGUCCAGAAUGCUUCAUUGUCACUGGAGGAAGAGAUAACUAGACUGAUACAAACACCACCGGAAGAGGAGACAUUGAAGAUCCAAGAGAUUCCACUCGAAACUCUAUUCGGUAAAUUGGAGAAUGUAGAGAGUGUUGUCAUGGAUGGAGUUGGUGAAAAGAAAGCGCAAGUUCUUGAUGAAAAUCUUGCUGAACCAGUUCACGAUUUGAGUGAGCAAAUCAAAAAACUUAAGUUUGAAAUGGAAGAUGAAAUGGAAGAUAUACCUUUCGAAAAACAACAAGGUGUUCAGGCACUCGUGGAAAUAUAUGAUCAAUUGAAUGAAAUAGCAGCUGCCAUCACGGAAAUAGAAGCUAAUCCUACCGUAGUAACUGAAGACAUUUCAGAAACUCAAUUGAAUAAUUUAACAACGCUCAAAGAGUCUAUGGUGAAAUUGUUUUCGAUUGUUGUUGAUGAAAGCAAAUCCCUCAAGAAAUCAGAAUUACUUCAGAUAAAUUUGCCUUCAAUUCAGAAGGCCAUAUCGUCAGUUAAAACCGAAAUCACUAGACUAAAAACAAUACCAGAAACAAAAACAUUGAAGAUCCUGAAAAUUCCACUCGAAGCUCUAUUCGCUAAUAUGGAGGGUAUAGAAAGAGCUAUGGAUAAAGUUGAUGUAAAGAAAACGCAAGCGGACAAGAUUAUUGGUGAAAAUAUUACUGAACCAGUGGAAGAUUUGAGUGAACAAAUCGAAGCACUGAAGUUUGAAAUUGAAAAACGGCAGGGCGAUUACUCGCUUCUGAAUAUAUCUGAUCAAUUGAAUGAAGCAACGGCUGCCAUUAUUGACAUGAUGGCUUAUCCAACAGAAACUACUGAAGACAUUUCAGAAACACAACUGCAAAAUUUGACAAUGCUUAAGGAAUCUAUAGUAAAAUUAUCUUCAAUUAUUGUUAAUGAACGCAAACCUCUCAAGAAACCAACUUGUAGGAACACUACCAGAAACAAAAAAAAUACAGUUCAGAAGGCCAUAUCGUCGGUUAAAAGCGAAAUCACAAGACUUGUAGAAACACUACCAGAAACAAAAAAAUUGAAGAUUCUUGAGAUUCAACUCAGCUCUCUAUUUGGUACAUUGGAAAAUAUUGAUAGUGCCAUUGGUGAAGUUGAUGAGAUACAAAAGCAGGUGGACGAAGUCAUUGAUGAACCAGUUCACGAUUUGAGUGAGCAAAUCAAUGAACUGAAAUUUGAAAUGAAAGAUGAACCUCUUGAAAAACAACAUGGUAUUCAGUCACUUGUAGAUAUGUCUAAUCAACUUAAUGAAGUAGCAGCUACCUUCACAGAAAUGGAUGCUGGUCCAAGAGAAGUUACUGAAGACAUUUCAGAAACUCAACUGAAAAAUCUUACAACCCUCAAAGAAUCUGUGGUGAAAUUAUCUUCAAUUGUUGUCAAUGAGAGCAAGUCCCAUAAGAAACCAGAAGUACUUCAAAUUGAUUUGCCUUCAGUUCAGAAGGCCAUAUCAUCAGUUAAAACUGAAAUGACGAGACUUGUAGGAACGCUACCAGAAACGAAAAAAUUAAAGAUUCUGGAGAUUCAACUCAAAACUCUAUUCGGUAAAUUGGAAAAUAUUGAGAAUGACAUUGGACAGGUUGAUAAAAACAAAACGCAGGUGGACAAAGUUACUGUUGAAAAUUAUCCUGAACCAGUUCAUAAUUUGAGUGAGCAAAUCAAAGAACUCAAAUGUGAAAUGAAAGAUGUACCUCUUGAAAAACAACACAGUGUACAGUCACUUGUAGAUAUAUCUGAUCAACUUAAUGAAGUAGCAGCUGCCAUUCCAGAAAUGGAAGGUGGUCCAAUAGAAGUUACUGAAGAUAUUACAGAAACUGAACUGAAAAAUUCAACAAACCUCGAAGAAUCUAAAGUAAAAUUAUCUUCGAUUGUUGUCAAAGAAAGCAAAUCACACAAGAAAUCAGAAGUACUUCAAAUUGAUUUGCCUUCAGUUCAGAAGGCUACAUCAUCAGUCAAAACCGAAAUCACAAGACUUGUAGGAACACUACCUGAAACAAAAACAUCGAAGCUCUUGGAGAUUCCACUCAGAGCUCAAGUUGGUGAAUUGGAGAAUACUGAGAGUGCCAUGGAUGAAGUCGAUGAGAAGAAAUCACUAGUAAACAAAUUAAUCGAUGAAUAUCUUGCUGAACCUGUUCACGAUUUGAGUGAGCAAAUCAAAGCACUAAAGAUUGAAAUGAAAGAUAUACCUCUAGAAAAACAACAGGGUGUUUACUCACUUGUAGAUAUAUCUGAUCAGUUAAAUGAAAUAUCAGCUACCAUCACGGAAAUAAAAGCUAAUCCGACAGUAGUAACUGAAGACAUUUCAGAAACUCAACUGAAAAGUUUAACAAUGCUCAAGGAGUGUAUGAUGAAAUUAUCUUCAAUUGUUGUUGAUGAACGUAAGUCCCUCAAAAAGACAGAAGUACAUCAACUGACUCUGUCUUCAAAGCAGAAGGCGAUAUCGUCAAUCAAAACUGAAAUCAAUAGUCUCGUAGAAACACUACCAGGAACAAAGACAUUAAAGAUUCUGGAAAUUCCAUUCAAAGCUCUAGUUGGUAAAUUGGAGACAAUGGAAAAUGAUAUAGAUGAUAUUAGUGAGAAAGAAACCAAAGUGAAUGAAAUUCUUGAUGAAAAUCUUGCUAAACCAGUUCACUCUCUGAUUGAGAAUAUCAAAAUACUGAAAGAUGAUAUGAAAGACAUACCUAUUGAACGACAAGCGGAUGUUUGCUCACUUGUGAAAAUAUGUGAUCAACUGAACGAAGUAGAAGUUGCCCUUGAGAAUAUGAAGUCAGCUCCUUCAGAAACUACUGGAAAGCUUUCGGAACCACAAAUGAAUAACUUGAUAACGAUCAAGAAGUCUAUAGAAAAACUAUCUGAUAUUGCUGUUGAUGUACGCCAAUCCCUGCAGAAAAUAGAAGUGUAUGAACCGAACUUGCCUUCUGUUCAGAAUGCCGUAUCGUCGGUGAAAGAAGAAAUCAUUAAAAUGGUACAGAUACUAUCAAAAACUGAAACAUUAAAUAUCGUCGAAGUUCCAUUUAAAGCAUUGCUCGAUAGAUUGCAGACUAUCGAAAGUGAAAUGGAUGAUGUGAAUGAAAAAAAAACUAGAGUCAAUGAACUUCUCGAUAAGUAUAUUGUGGAGCCAGUUCACGUCUUGUAUCAGGAAAUCACAGCACUGAAGGUAGAAAUAAACGAUUUACCUCUUGAAAGACAACAGGGUUUCUGCUCAUUCCUUGAAAUAUAUGAUCAUUUGAAUGAAGUAGAAGCUGCCAUUUUAGAUAUCAAAGCUGCUCCGACAGAAACUACUGAAACAAUUUCUGAAACACCUUUGAGAAAUUUGACAUCAUUCAAGGAAUCGAUAGAGAAGCUAUCUGCAAUUAUAGUUGAUGAACGCAAAUCACUCAAGACACCAGAACUAAGACAACUAAACUUGCCUUCUGUUAAAAAUUCCAUAUCAUCAGUAAAACAAGAAAUCAGCAGACUAAUAGGAACUCUACCAGAAACGAAGACAUCAAAAGUUCUAGCAGAUUCAUUCAAAGCACUAGUUGGUCAACUACAGACUAUUGAAAGUACCAUAGAAACGAAAGUGCAUGUAGAUAAACUUCUUGAUUUGAAUCUUCUGCAACCAGUUCAUCUUUUGAGUGAGGAAAUAAAAAUGUUGAGGUUUGAAAGGGAAGAUUUACAUCUUGAAAGACAGCAGGGUGUUUAUUUGCUACUAGACAUAUCUGAUCAGUUGAAUGAUGUAGAAGCUGCUAUUAUAGAUAUUGGAGCGGCUCCAAUAGUAACUAUUGAAAUGAUUCCAGAAGCACAUCUAGGGAAUUUGAUAACAGUAAAAGAAUCUAUGGAGAAAUUAUCUGCAAUCAUAGUUGAUGAACGCAAAUCCCUAAAGAAACCAGAAAAGUCCCAACUGAAGUCGCUUUCCGUUCAGAGUGCCAUAUUUUCAUUGAAGGAAGAUAUCACCACAUUUAUAAAAACACUACCAGAAACGAAAACAUUGAAGGUUCUGGAGGUUCCAUUCAAAGCCCUAGUUGGUAAAUUGCAGACAAUUGAAAAUACCAUAUGUCAUGUAAAUGAAAAGAGAGCACAUGUAGAAAAAAUUCUCGAUGAAAAUCUUGUAGAGCCAAUUCUCGUUUUGAGAGAGGAAAUCGAAGCAUUGAAGAUUGAGAUGAAAGAUUUACCUCUUGAAAGACAGAAAGGUGCUAGUUUGCUUGUAGAAAUAUCUGAUCAAUUGAAUGAAGUAGCAGCUGUCAUUGUAGAUAUGGAAGCUAUUCCAACAAGUACUGAGGAAGACAUUUCAGAAACACAACUGAAGAAUUUAACAACGUUAAAUAAAUGUAUAGGAAAAUUAUUGGAAAUUUCAGUUGAUGAACGCAAAUACCUCGAAAAACCAGAACUGUCUGAAUUAAACUUGCCUUCUGUUGAGAAAGCCGUAUUUGCAGUGAAAGAAGAGAUCACUAGGCUAAUUAAAACACCACCAGAAACAGGAAUAUUGAAUAUCCUGGAGGUUCCAUUCAAAGCACUACUUGGUAAACUGCAGAACAUUGAAAGUGUUCUUGAUGAUAUAAGUGAGAAGAAAGAUUGUGUAAAUGAACCUUUCGAUGAAAAUCUUGUGAAAUCAGUUCACGUUUCGAAUGGGGAAAUAGCAAAAAUUGAAAUGUACGAUUCAACUCUUGAUAGAAAACAGGGUAUCUGCCCAAAUAUAGAAAUAUCUGCUCAAUUGAAAGAAGUAGCUUCUGCCAUCGUUGAAAUGGAAAAUAUUACGACAGAAACUACUGAAGACAUUUCAGAAACUCAACUGAAAGAUUCAACAUCCGUUAGGGAGUCAAUGGAAAAAUUAUCUGCAAUUGUAGUUGAUGAACGCAAAUCCAUCGAAAAACCAGAAAUGUCCCAACUGAGCUUGCCUUCUAUUCAGAAUGCUAUAUUAUCAGUGAAAGGAGAGGUCACUAAACUGACGCAAACACUACCAGAAGCAAAGAAAUUAAAGGUCCUUGAGGUUCCAUUCAAGGCAAUGAUUGGUAAAUUGGAGGCUAUUGGGAGUUCCAUGGAUAAGGUUACUGGAGAAAAAGCGCGAGUGUACAGAAUUGUGGAAGAGAAUUUUGUUGAACCAGUUCACGUUUUGACUGAGGAAAUCAAAACAUUGGAAAUUGAAAUGAAAGGUCUACCUUUCGAACUACAACAGACUGUUUGUUCACUUGUAGCAAUAUCUGAUCAUUUGAAUGAAGUAUCAGUUGCGAUUCAGGGAAUGAAAUCUAUUCCGCUAGAAAAUGACAUUCCAGAACCACAUUUGAAAAAUUUAGUGUCACUCAAAGAGUCUCUGGAAAAAUUAACUAUUUCAGUAGAUGAUGAACGCAAAUACCUCAAGAAACUAGAAGUAUCACAAUUCAAUUCUGCUUCAGUUCAGAAGGCCAUAUCAUCAGUGAAUGAAGAGAUCACUAGACUGAUACCAAAACUACCUGAAACGAAAACAUUAGAGUUUCUGGAAGUUCCAUUCAAAGCACUUGUUGGUAAAUUGAAGACUAUUGAAAUUGCCAUGAAUGAUGAAAGUGAAAAGAAAGCCCGGUUGGAUAAUAUUCUUAUUGAAAAUCUCAUCAAACCGACUGAAGUUUUGAGUGGUGAAUUCAAAGCACUGAAAUUUGAAAUGAAAGAUUCACCUCUUGAAAAACAACAGGGUGUUUGUUCACUUCUACAAAUAUCUGAUUCAUUCAAUGAAGUAUCUGCUGUCAUUCUUGAUAUCAAAACUAUUCUGACAGAAACAGUUGAAGGAAUUUCAGAAACGCAACUGGAAAAUUUAACAACUCUCAAGGAGUCUAUGCAAAAAUUAUCUGCAAUUGUGAAUGAUGAACGGAAAUGCCUCAAGAAACCAGAAGUUUCUCAACUGAACUUGCCUCCUGUUCGGAAAGCCAUAUCUUCAGUAAAAGAAGCCAUCGAUAGACUGAUACAAACAUUACCGGAAACUGAAAAAUUAAAGGUCCUGGAGUUUCCGUUCAAGGCACAAGUUGAUGAACCGGAAACUUCAGGAAGCGCCAAGUAUGAUGCGAGUGAAAAGAAUGCGCGAGUAGAAAGAUUUCUUACUGAAAAUCUUAUUGAGCCUGUUCACGUUUUGAGUGAGGAAAUCAAAACACUGAAUGUUGAAAUGAAAGAUUCACUCCUUGAAAGAAAACAAGGUGUUUACUCACUUCUAGAAAUAUCUGAUCAAUUGAAUGCAUUUUCGACCGCCUUCACAAAAAUGAAAGCUACUUCAACAGAAAUUGCUGAAGAUAUUUCAGAAACACGAUUGGAGAAUUUAACGACACUCAAAGAGUCUUUGGAAAAAAUUACUGCAAUUAUAGUUGAUGAACAAAUAUCGCUCAAGAAACCGGAAAUGUUGAAACUGAACUUGCCAUCUGUUCAGAAUGCCAUAUCAUCAGUAAAACAUGAGAUGACUGCACUCAUAGAAACACUAUCAGAAACGAAAAUAUUGAAGCUAAUAGAGGCACCACUUAAAGCUUUACUUGACAAAUUGGAGUAUAUUGGGCAAUCUAUGAAUGAAUUCAUUAUAGGUGAAAUAAAAUUGGAUGAUAUUUCCAGUGAGAACAUUACUAAUUCAGAUCCUAUUUUAAAUGAGAAGAAUAAUUCUCUGGAAAUGGCAGGUCUAUCUUCAGAAUCACAACAAAAUGCUGCUAAUACAAGAGAGUUAGCAUCUAGAAGGGACAAGGCAAUAUUGGAGGAAAUCUCUCCACCUUUUGAGAACCUCAAGAAACAAAUUGAGUGUUUGAAUAUCGAUGAAAAUCUUUUCCCACCUCAUUUUCUUAGUGUACUAAAUUCCAUGAUUACAUCUUUAUCAACAUUAUCAUCCUCCAUAAAAAAUCUCCAAGGAGCUACUAAUGAGAAUCUAACUGAUUUAUCGAUUGAACAGUUUCAUGAAAUGGAGUCUUUGAAAGAUUCUGUAGCUCAACUUCAUGAAGUAAUUUCUUCAAUUGGUCAUAUGACGAAAAACCGAAGUGUUAUUGAACAAACUUUACCACAGUUAUCAGAUGCACUUAUAUCUCUGAAGGAAAAUGUAUCUGUCACAGUACAAAUCCUAGCAGAAUCGGAAAGUCUAGCGAUACUCCAUUCUCCAUUUUUUCAUCUUCUGAAAAUAUUGGAAAUUGUAGAACAAAAAGAAAUAGAAGGCAAAGAGAGUGAAUUUGUGCACGAUAUUACUUUUUCUGAAAGUGGUCCUGUGGAUUUUCAAAUCCUUUUUGAAUGCUUAAACAAAUCCAUCCAAGCCUUUUAUUCACUGAAAUCUAAAGUACAACAAGUAUCCUUUUCGUUGGAACCCUGUAUACUCCCUAUUAUAGAUUUGACUGAUUCCCUUGAAACACUCUCUAUUUGUAUUCAACAAAACCUGAAUGUGGAAAAAUCAGUCCCAGUUCCGCCUUCUGAAAAUGUUAUUGGUUUGAAAGCCCCUCUGGAAAAACUAUUGCAGAUUGCAAACAACAUUGAAGAAACAUUAGAAACACAUGAAAUGCCGGAGAAACUCUUACCACAGAUCAAAUUGACUUUGCCGACAGUGAAACAAGAAAUAAUAACAUAUAUUUCUGAAGUAUUACCAAAAGCGAAGUGUAUUCAAGUACUUCAAAAACCUCUUGAAAUUCUGAUUAAUAAAUUAGAAACUAUCGAAUACUCUAUUGAUCACACUACCAAGCAUGAACCCAGGCGUACUAAAUUAUUAAUUGAAGAAAUUGGAAAGCCUGUUAAUCAGUUACUGAAAGAAGUUCAGCAGCUGAAAACCAAAGCACGAAAACUCACCACACCAUCACAUCAAGACAUAAUAUGUAUAGCUGAUGUCAGUGAUUCUCUAGUAACAUUAUCAAUGUCGAUACAAAAUAUAGAAAAUAUAUCUGAGAGCAGUGUUCAAGAUAUUUCCCCAGAACAAUUCAAAACUCUAGUUGCUCUGAGAAAACCUCUGGAACAACUUACUGCAAAUAUUAGCCAUAUCAGAAGAGUAAUGAACAAACCUGAGUUGAUUGAAAAACGAUGCUCUGAUAUGCGAUCUACAAUUCCAGCAGUUGAAGAGGCAGUGAUUCAUGUCAAGGCGUUACUACCAAAUAUAAGAAGUUUGGAAUAUAUUCAGGUACCCCUUGAUUCUUUCCUCAGUAAAUUGAAGAAUAUUACCAGAAAUCAAGAUAAGAAAGGAAAAGAGUUGAUCAAAAAUAUAGCUUCUUCAACUUCUAAUCUCAUUGAUGAAAUAAAAUUACUGAAAACAGAACCAAUGAAAAACUCUCCACUUAUUUCAAUCGUCAAAGCUGAAGAGGUAUUCUCUACUUUAUUGAUUGCUCUGCAAAAAUCACAUAAAAUUCUUGAUGAUUCUGUUGAAGAUAUAUCAAACACCCAAUUUCAAAACUUAACUACAUUGAUAACUCCUAUGGAGAAAUUAGUAACUAUCAUAAGUGGUCACAGAAAUACGUUGAGUAAACCUGAAAACUCAAAAGAACUCAUCCUUGAAUUAAAUAACGCAAUAUCCGCACUAAAAGAAAGUACCAAUGUCACUAUUGAUGCUUUGACAAAUUCCUCAAUAUCGAAGGUGAUCAGGGUUCCUCUUGAAGACAUAAAAAGUAAACUUGAGAAUGUCGAGGUUAAUUUAACAUCAAUGAUAGAAAUGAAACCUUUUCUAGAAGAAAUGGAUAGGAUACUGCAGAGGAUGAAAGAACUCUUUCGAGUUUUGCGAACAGGAGCACAUAAAUAUUCACUGUUCCCAGAAGAAGGAUUACUAUCUAUUUCUGAGGUAGAAGAAGCGUUAUCAACCCUUUCCUAUUCGUUCCAAAGGAUGAACCAAUAUUCACUAGAAAAUGUAGAGGACAUAUCUGUGGAACAAUUGAAAAAUCUGAAAGAGGUACCAUUGUAUAUGGAAAAAUCAACGUCGAUAAUCGCCAAAACUAAUGAUAAACUCGAAACACCUGAAGAUUUCAAUUUACUUCUGCCAGAAAUUAUAGAAUCUCUGUCAAUCCUAAAAAAACAUAUCACAGAUACCGUAAUAAAAACAUCGAGUGGAACAAAAAGUCUUGGAGUAUUAGGCAUUUCAUUCACCACUUUGUGUCAAAAACUAGAUUUAUUUGAAGGAAUGAUGAAUAGAAUUCUAACAUCGCGAUCUAGGGAUGAUGUUGAAGUAUUGAAAAAUAUUUUAGAUCUGAUUGAUCAGUUGUCGAAAGAAGCGGAUCGUUUAGAGUCCCAAAAACUGGACACAUUACCAGCCGAUAUACAAGCAUUAAUAGAAAUUGCUAAAUCUUUGACAGGAUUCGCAAGAGCAGAUUUUGAUUCCAAUAUUGACCUUUGUAGUGAUUUCACUCCUGAACAGCUUCGUACGCUUUUUGAUUUGAAAGACACAAUAUCACAGCUGUUCGAUUGUAUAGUAACCCAUGAAAAAACUGGAAUGGAAGUUAGCGAAUCAAAAAAGUUGUUAUUAACUUUGCCAAAUUUUUUGAUGGCAUUGAAACAUUAUUCUCAACGAAUCAUUCAAAUGAUUCCAGAAAAAAAGUCUCUAGAAAUUCUCAGAUUUCCACUGGAGAACUCUAUUACUUCAAUUGACAGAAAAGUAGAAACUAUAAAAAUGAAUGAAAAGUUGAUAGCCAGUGUAACCAAACUAGAAAAAUCACUGAAGACUAUAAUUGCAAAUUUAAAAUCUCUUGAAGAGUCUGCCAAAAAAGUUGCUUCUUCUAUGAAACCAAUUUAUCUCGAUUUUGUCAAAAUGAAAAAAACAUUAUCAUCAAUACUUGAGGAGAAUUUGAACGAAAAAACUGGGGUUAUUGACAUAAAUUUGAUUGAUAGUUUCGAAUCACUUGUGAUAGCAAUGAAUGAUUUGAACAUAAUUAUUGAGAAGUUCAAGAAGUAUUCAAGUGAUUUCAAAACAGCGGAUAUCAACAAAAGAAUUAUGACGAACAUCAAAAUAAUUGAAGAUGCAUUCAGCCAAUUCAAUAAAAUACCGCUAUCACUGACGCUUUCAUCGUCUCUGAAGGAAAUAUUAGUGACAAUGCAUAGUUUAUCCUCAGAUUUAAUCACGUUAGAAGACUACACCUCCCACAUUAAUAAAAUAAAAGUGCCUUUCUGUUUACUUUUUGAAUAUUCAAGAACCGCUUUGAACCAACAGAUAUUGACGAACACAGACUUUAAAGAAUUCUGCUCUAUUUAUGAACCUGUAAAUGAAAUUAUCAUCAUCUUGAACAAUGGAGAAAUGCACUUCGAUACUGUACUUUCACUAGAGAGAAUUGUAGAACCAAUUUCCGGCAUUCUGAAUAUUUUCAAAUCACCUAACGUUGCCAUUAUAACUGAGCUCCAGAUAACGGAUAAACUAUUUCUGGAGAAUAAACUGUCAGAAUUAAAAGAAAUUUUACAGGUUUUGAAGGAUCAAAACUGCAACUCGGAUGAUGAUAUUUAUUUGCAAAAGCACUUGGAGACUCUUUUCCAGAAAACUCAUAAGUAUUUGACUCAGCUCCAGAUGAAGGCGAAGGAAAGGGAAGAUUCAGAAAUACUCAAACAACUGCGGUCGCCUGUUAAACAAUUAUUUGAAGAACUGAAAGGAAUGAAUAGUCAAAAUUUGGAUGCUGCUAAUAUUCAAGAACUACUUUCUUUGAAACCUGCCAUCUCAAAAUUAGAGGAAGGCUUGACUGCAAUCGAGAAAUCAAAUAUUUCUGAAACACCAAUAAUCGAGAGCAACCUGUUAAAAGAACUUGAAAAAUCGGUACCAUGUUUUGAAGAAAUGCUGAUUGAGUUCGUAAAAAUUAAUUCCCUAGUAGGAAAGUCUCAAAUUUCCAUUGAACAAUACAGCAUGUUACAAAAACAAUUAUUAAAAUCCAAAAAUCAGAUCGACAGAAUUCUUGAAUAUCCCACAAACAACGAAUCGGUUAGAAAAAAUAUACUGGUGCCACUCAAAAAUAUGUCUAAAAGAAUUGAAAAAAUAGAAAGAAAAUUAGUUUCCGAAAUAAAGUCGCAAGCGUUUGAAAAAAAUACGGAACUUUUGAAACCCCUAAAUAUUGCAAGAAGAGAAAUUGAAAAGUUGAAGUCAGAUGUAUCAAUAUUGAAGAAAAAACCCCAUAAAGUCGUAUAUUCCUUCAUUGAAAUUGCUGAACCUCUCAACAAAAUCAUUGAUCAUCUACAAAGUGAAGAAGUCAAAUCUUCGGAAAACCUGACCAAAGAUUUGGAAAAAAUCUCUACGGCUCUCCAAGAACCUAUGGAUAUGUUAUCAAGAGCUGCAAAAACAACAAAUUCAGUACUUACUGAUCCAGAUAUUUUUCAUGUAGAACUUCCCACCACAUGCGUUGAUUUGAAGAAAGUAUUAAGGUCUGUUGAUUCUCUUACAUCUAAUCCACAUGUCAGACAUUUGAAUAUUGUCCAAGAAGUGGGAAAACUUUUAGUAUCACUCCAACAAGUGAUACAAGAAUGUGACGAAGAGAGACUUGACAAUAAGUCUGUGAAAAACAUCGAGAAAGCUGUUUCCAAUUUCCUUAAAGAGAUCAACGAGUUGAAUAAUAACAAAAAUAUAUUGAAGAAUUCAGGAGGGGAUUUUGUAUUGAAUUUUACUAUUUUGUAUGACCCACUAAUUCAAUUACAAACUAACCUGAAACUCGCUAGAGAGAUCGGAUUCGAUACAAAAGACUUCUCAUUCGAUUAUUCCAAUAUUUUGAACAAUAUCGGGGACAAACUGACCGCACUCAGUCUCUUCUUAGGAGAUACUAAUGAAAAUCCUGCUGGUUUGAAGACCAUUGAACGUUAUGAAACGGAGAUAUAUUCCAUUGUAAAUGAUUUGAAGUGUUCAUUGGGUGAGAUUUCCAAUUCAGUUGUUCUUAACGAAAAAAUGGAGGUGCUUUCCCAAUCUCUUGGUUUAUUCGCCGUUGAAGUUCAACGACUGAUGGAUAAACUGGUAACAGAAAUGAUGGAAAAACAAAAUGAUAUGGUAUUCGUGAAAGAGUUUAAGAAAUCAUGCGAAAUGUUGGAGAAAUGUUUAUUAGGAGAUGACAAAUCAAUCAAAGGUUUCCGUAAGAAUCUCAGUUUAUUGGAAACAACAUUAGUAGACAUCGAAAAAUAUAUAAGAACAGAAAAAAAUUUCAAUAUGAACGAGAACGUUAUUAAAAAUGAGACAAUUAUUAACAGUUUCGUCAAGUGCCAAGAAGCUUCUGUAGAACUGAAUGAAAAACCUCACAAAAAUUCAACAACCAAAUUUAUAUUUUGUUUGAAAGAACUGAAUGAAAAUAUUAACAAUUUAACGGAAUUAUUGAAAGAAUCAAAAUUAUAUAAACCCAUGAUUGAACCUUUGAAACUAUGCAAUGGAAGCGUUAUUGAAUUGAUAACAGAUCUGGAAAAGCAGUCGGCUUCAGAUGAAGAUGAAGAAAAGCGAGAAGAAGAGCAUGAUCUGAUAAACAGUCACAAACAAGAUCAGCUUCAAACUGAAGGCCCUAGUGGUGAACAAACAAAUGAUAUUCAGGAAAGUAACCAGGUAGCGGAAAAUAGUAUUACAGAACUUUCAGACAAGUGUGGUACGAAAAGGAAUGAAGAUGAAAUUAAAAAUGGAAAAUCGCAAGAAGAAGAGAAGCUAGCAAAACGAGAUGAGGGUGGCAAAAAUUCAAUCGGGGCUGAAAACAAUGAUGAACCCAAAGUAUCAAUGAAGAAAAACAAAGUUAUGAAGAUACCUAAAAAGAGUUCUCCUAAGAAGAAAACUGCAGAAAAAUCAAAACCUUCCGUUUUGAAGGUGGAAGAUACUGAGAAACACUCUAUAGAACAAAUAAAGUCAGAUCAACAAGGAAAUGAAACUACUGAAGUUUCUGAAACGAAUCAGUUAUCUAUUGAAGAUCGAAAGGACAUUCACGAUGCCCAAGAAAUUUCAGUUUAUGGUGAAAAGAAACUUAGUAAAACCGAUGGAAUCACAGAAGAUCCAAACAAAUUCGCAGACAAGUCAAACCAAAUAUAUCCAUAUGAGAAAAAAGAAGAAUCAAAAAGUAUACAGAUAGUUGAAAAAACAAUUACCGUUAUAGAUAAAAAGCCUGGAGCGAGUAAAAGUUCAGAAUCCAGUGUCAGAGAAAGAGAGGCGAACGGUCAUGAAAAACAUUCUUCUGGUAACACCAUCCACUAUGUGGUUGAUGUUAAAACUGGAGAAGAAAGAACAGGAAGACCUAGAACAAGAGAUACCACAAAGCCAGCAAACAAUUUGGAUAUGGACUCUUACAAACCUACUUCUUAUAUAGGAGCCAGACAUAUAUCAUCACAACCUAUAUUUUCAAGUAAUUUGAUAGAUCGUCUCACUACUAUUGAUUCGACAAUCGAGUUGACGUGUAGUUUGGUGAAUGGUGAUUCUGCCGAAAUCAAAUGGCUGAAGGAUGGACAGCCUUUAUGUGAUGAUAACAACUACUUCACAAAAUUUGCGAAUAACGUGGCAAGCUUAGAAAUACUGAAAGUAUCAAUGACUGAUAGUGGAGAAUAUACCUGUGUAGCUAAGAAUGAACACGGUUCGAGUCAAACAACUGCUUAUUUGAAGAUAGCACAGGAGUUUGACAGUCCCAGUGGAUCGCCAAUUUUUAAGAGAAGUAUAACAGAUCACUACAAAAUUUCAAAUGACGAACUGACUCUUGAAUGUAAGCUCAAAAGUGCAAGCAAACCCAGAGUACGCUGGUUCAAAGAUGGAACAGAAAUAGGUGUAGGCUUAAGACAUUGCCAAACAUAUUCACCUGAUGGAGUAUGCAAACUAACUAUUAAAAAUCCAGAUAAAGAUGAUAGUGGACGUUAUAUUUGUAGAGUCGAAACGGACUUGUGGAAUGACCAGAUAUCUCACGAUGUCAAGUUCCAUAAUAAAAAAGAAUACAUUCAUCAGAAAACAAAGCAAAGAGAAUCCCAGGAUAGCAGUACGACAAGAUCGGUUCGACCGUAUUUUUCAGGAGUUCUAACUGAUUCUUUCGUUCCUUGUGGAGGAGUCAUAGGCCUCCAAGUCGAAGUGAAGGGAAUGCCGACUGAGGUUACUUGGUUCAAGGAGGGUACAAAGUUAUCCGAUGCUUCCUUCAAGCACAGAACCUUCACGGAAAGAGGUAUCCAUACGUUGAUGAUCACCGAUGUAAACCAAUAUGAAGCUGGAAAGUACACCUGUAGAGCAUCUUAUCCAAAGGGACGGAUCGAAACUUCGGCGUAUGUUCAAGUUAUUCAGUCUGCAGCCAUCCAACAUGGGAAGACAGCGAUGUUUCUAUCCAGACCUGAUAAAAUUCUGAACCUUGCUGAAGGAGAUGAUGUUGUUGUUUCUUUUAGAGUGACUGGAGAACCUAGGCCCACAGUUAUCUGGAUGAAAGGGUUGAAAGAUAUCACCAAUAGUAUGAGAUCAAUGAAGGAGAAAUCGAACGAUUACAUAAGAUUCACCUUGAAAAGGGCAACAGCUGAAGAUGCCGGAACGUAUUGCAUCCUUGCGAAAAAUCGACAUGGCUGUGACAGAGCGUUUUUCACAGUACGUUUGAGGAAUAGGGCGAGAUCGGUUACUCCGACCAGACCUGAACACGAGAUAUAUCAUGAGAGAUAUUGCAGAGAAGAUGUUCCUGGCCGCAUUCCUGGAGAACCGAUCGUUAGUGAUUCCGGCCGAAAUUGGCUCAGCCUCUCUUGGGAGAAACCAGAACAACGUGGAACCACUCCGAUUUUGGGGUACCGCGUCGAUGCCUGGGAACGCGGUAGUGAAGGUGCCAGGUAUGUUCGUGGCGAACCGUUCCCUACCAUCCGGUGGUUGAAAGACUCACGAGAACUUUCUGACGUAGAAGAUGACAGAUACAAAAUCGUGCAACAUGGUAGUACAUGUUCCUUAACCAUCAAAAAUCUGCAGGAGAUGGACUCUGGUCGCUUUAUGUGUGAGGCUACGAAUAAAGUUGGAAGAGUGUCCACAUUCGCAAGGCUUUCCGUCGUUAAAGAUUCAAAAAUUUUGAGUGCUGAUGCAAGAUUGAAACUUGGAAUUUCCGAGUUCACGAAAACUCAGGGACUACCUCCUCAAUUCACUAUGAGACUGAGGGAUAGAAGAGUUCAGAUGUCGUAUCCAGUAAGAUUAACCUGCCAAAUAGCUGGUUGCCCGGAACCAACUGUUAAAUGGUUCAGAGAUGAUAAGGAAAUUAUUUCUGAUGAUCGACAUGUAUUUUCCACUGAUGAUAAUUUCCACACUUUAGAAAUUAGUAAAACUCACUUGGACGAUACAGGAACUUACAUCGUAACCGCCCAAAAUAGUUUCGGUUCGGUGUCUUGCAAAUGUAAUCUGGCGGUUGACAAAGGAAUCAAAGCAUACAUUUCCCCAGAAUUCUCUAACUGGUUAGAACCAUCGUUCUCGACGUUACCGAUAGGUGGAGAAUUACGGAUUACCGGUAGAGUGGAGGCUUAUCCAAGAGUAGGAUUGAUGUGGUACAAAGAUGGGACUCGACUAAGGCCCUCCAGACGAUCAAUUAUGACACUAUCUUAUGAUGGAACACUAGAAUUGUCCAUUGCUAACUUAACAGUACGAGAUGCUGGAGUCUACACUUGUAUAGCUAGCAACGAAAUUGGACGAGCGGAAAGUAGUGCUAGGAUUGAGGUGACUGAUAAAUCUGUAUCACUGCAAGAUAAACCUACCAUUGUCCGAACUGACAUUCCAUAUUCCAAAGAACCCAAAUUCCUCAAGAAGCCAAGAUCAACAGAAGCCUUCGAGGGCGAUGACAUCACCAUUCUAUGUGAAGUGAUUGGUGAUCCAAAACCAGAGGUUAUGUGGCUUCGAGAUUUCCUGAAG